CCCAGGAAAUCCCUCUUCUAUUAUUAAAAGAAACCAUUUCUGGGGGGCCCAAAAAGUACUGGGACCACCAUGCCCAUGGACAGGUCGGCCGGGCAGGGCCUUGUGGGUGGGUGUCUGAGCAGUGAGGGGUGCAGCCACGUGUCCCUGGGUGGGGGUCCCCCCAGCACCCCCACCCCGGUGUCCACCUGCUCCAUCAGCUCGGAGCGGUGCUGGGGGAUUCCUGGGGCAGAGGAUCUCGCUCCGCCCCUCGCUAACCCAGCCCCUCCGCCCCACGCAGGUCAGCGGUCGCUGGGGGGCUCGGCGCCCGUGGCCAUCCCAGGCUGCCUGCCCCGCUCCCCGUCCCUGCAGUCCUCGUCGUCCCUGUCCGCCUCCCCGCUCAGCUCCUUCUCACAGUCCCUGUCGGGGCCGCUCGUCUCCUCAGCCAUGACGCCCCCCCAGCAGCCGCCAGCCCUCAAGUCGGAGCCCCGAGCGCUGGGCCCCCCAGCCCCGUCCUACAACUCCUUCGGCUUGAAUGGCGUCCCCGGCAGCAUCUGGGACUUUGUCUCUGGCAGCUUCUCUCCCAGCCCGUCCCCCAUCCUGAAUGCUGGCCCCACGGCCCCUUCAGGCACGAGUCCAAACAGUGCCGAGCUGGCCCGGGUCAGGCGGCAGCUGGACGAGGCCAAGAGGAAGAUCCGGCAGUGGGAGGAAUCCUGGCAACAGGUGAAGCAGGCCUGUGACGCGUGGCAGCGGGAGGCCAAGGAGGCCAAGGAGCGGGCGCUCGCGGCCGACAGCGCCCGGCAGCUGGCGCUGCAGAAGAAGGAGGAGGUGGAGGCCCAGUUCCGACGGCUGCAGGAGGAGCUGGAGGGCCGGGGCUUGGCCUCCGUGCUCCCCGGGCUGCGCGGCUGUGGUGACAUCGGCGCCAUCCCCCUGCCGAAGCUGCAUUCGCUGCAGAGUCAGCUGCGCCUCGAUUUGGAAGCAGUGGAUGGGGUGAUCUUCCAGCUGCGAGCGAAGCAGUGCGGGGUGUGCGGGGAGCGGGCCCGCGGCGCUGUCCUGCGGCCCUGCCAGCAUCGUGUGCUCUGCGAGCCGUGUGCGGCCAGCGCACCCGAGUGCCCCUACUGCGCGGGCCAGCCCCUGCCCUGGUGACGGCUGCCUUGUCGCCCGCCUCCUGGUGCCACCGACGUCGGGACCCCAGCCCCAAACAGACCACCCACGGUCUCGUACUCUCCUCACAGACCCUGAAGGCCCUGUGGGGCUCGGCAGGCAGGGUGACUCUGCGGGGUUUGUGGUUCUGACGCCACUGUGACCGGAUCCUGGGAGUUCACAUCCCGAGAAGCACUUUGUAGACGGAAGAGUUUAGGCAGACGUUCCGAGUUGCUAUAAGCUGCUUUGAGGUUCAUGUUUUUAAUAUGCGAUAAUAUGAAGCUUUAUACGUGUACUGUGAACAGAGUAUUUCCUAUCGGUCUAUCGUUAAUCCAUAGUACGGUAAACACAUUAGGUUUCAUAUCUGAAAUUAGUACUUAUGAAGUGAGCAUUUAUCUAGUAGUGAGAAAUGCCUAGGAUUUUUACAGUUUCCAAAUUAAGUGCAAACUAAUAGUAUUUAUAGCAGAGUGAUUAUUGAGAGACACAUAUACAUGUAGAUGUUUUUAAUUUUAUGAAGGGAACUCAUUUCCUGAACACGUGCACAUUAACUGGAGCGUCAGUGACAGCGCCCCGCGCCUGCGGCCUCCCGCUCAAGUGCCUGCGCCUAGGA